AGCCAGCACACACCGUCGCGUCCGCUCAUUCAAGAAUCAAGCAGCUGGACUCCAGCUUGCCCUCCAGCCUGGAGGGCAAGCGGGAGAGGUCGACACAGAGAACGAUGGCGUGCAUGAAGGCGACUGUAAGGCAAGGACGAAGUCCGACCACCUGUUUGCGACUACCUACCGGCCUUCACCACCCUAGUACCUCUGUAGCUUAACGAAAAACACUCGCACGCGAAUGAUGGAGGUUCGAUUCCUCGGAGGCUAAUAUUUGGGCAGCUAGACGGUAAAGACGCAAGAAGCUAUGAGAGCAGAUGGCGCCAGAGAUCCAGCACUGACGGAGCCCUGACCUCAAGCCUGGUGGACGACGCUGGUACUGCGUGUAUGGUAAGCCUUAAUAAUUGUUGCUGUUACUCAUUUUAAUUUUGGAAUGGAGUCAGUCAUUCCUCUUUAAACGAGUCUUACCUGCCGUUUUUUUAUUAAGAAUGGGAAUCCUUACGGAUCGUGUCGUAACCAACUUGCUCCUUCUCCUACGUUUGUAUUCAGAAUUGCAGACGGGUACCGUGUUCUUCACGCCAAAGUGGAAGAGCAUUUUGUGAACAAACUACCGGCCAGUGGCGCUCCGACUUCUUUCAUCUACUUAUACCCCACAAUAACGGUUUUUAAAAGGACUUUCAGGUCUUUUGCAGCGACAGUAGCGCUAUGCAAGUUCAGCUCGAUAACACAUAACACAAAGCAAGGCGCGGAACAGCGGGCAAGCAGGUUUCGUGCUUGAGCUAUACAUUUACGUACCAAAACCUGUCGAGAGAACGACGAUUCUGCGACGAGCUGCUGCGACUAGCAUUCAAGAACAAAUGCCUCGUGCUGCCGGCCUUCUGCGAGAACAGGGAAUCACGGCUGACCUUGCUACACAGCACUACCUGGCAAUUGCACAAACAAGGCUUCUGGGCGAGGUACCGCUAGUCAUACUUGUCAACACAUCAUUCCACCGAUCGACGCGCAGCAAACAGCGAUGGACGACGCAAUGCAAGGAGGACAGGUGCUUGUUGAUGCUAAUUACGGGCUUGUGCGUAUCAAGAUUCAGGGUAUGCCAGUCUGGACGUCCGCGAUGUUCUCGAACUCCCCAGCUCCAGCGCCAUGUAGAGAGCCGACCGAGGUAUCGACGCCGGCCCCCGCGGACAACAUGGAUAGCGAUCGCAUUGACAGCUAA